AUGGUCACUGUCAGCAGCAGUUCUGCUCCUGUUUCUCUGGCAACGAUAUGCUACAAACAUCACGGCCACUGCUUGAUACAUGCCCCACCAUUUAUGGCAUUUCAAAAUGAACUUGAUUGGACAUUGAAUACGAAAUUGGACAAUAGCGACCAUUCAUACGAAACGCAUCCGUACAGUGUCUACUCCAAUGCAACAUUCGAUCAGCAAGGCAAAUUUAUCAAAGCUGACGCAGUUUUAUUGACAUUUGUGUUGAAUCAGACACAACAAAGUGGAGAUACGCUGACUAUUUGGAACAAAAUCCUGCAAGAAGUCAAAUCAAAAUUUGAUGUUUUGGAUGUCCAGCAGCAUCAUGACAGAGACGGCAUUUUAUGGUCUUCUUUAUCAAAUACAGUGCCGCAUAUGAUUCAAUACAAGUUUAACUUGUUCCCAUACGACAUACCCUACAAUGUCCAAUUCUCCAUUGUUGCUUACAUUAUCGCCUUCUUCUUGGUAUCAAUGGCAUUUGGAAAAUCGAAUUUGGUCAAGUCUGGGUAUACAUUUGGUUUAGCGGCUGUGUUUUUAACGAUUGCAUGUUUCACCACCACUUGGGGUAUUUUUGACAAACUCGGGAUCUCAUUCCACUCUGUGCCUUGGUAUCUGCUGCUGCUCGUCGUUAACAUUGGCUGUCUGGAGAACAUCUUUUUGCUGACAAAUGCAGUUUUGUACGCUGGCUGCGAUAUGAUUGUCAAGGAAAAGAUAAGCAGAGGCUUGCAAAGUGUCGGUGUUCCUAUGACGGCUACGUUAAUUGCUGAACUGCUCAUUCUCACUGUGGGUACACACAUGGACACUGACCUUGUCAAGGAGUUUUGCACAUUUGCAAAGGUCGCUUUGAUUGUAGACUACGUCCUGGAAUUAACAUUUGUUAUUGCUGUGCUAUCCAUUGAUAUCAAACGCGUUGAGUUGGCUGAUUUAGAUGACCGUCAAAUGUCCAAGCGAUUACAUGAAUUGGCAAGCUUUGAUCACGACAAAGAAAGAAUUCAAUCUGACUUCUGUCCAAUCCAAGAUACAGCAAACAAAGAAGAUGCCAAAUCAUGUGCUGAGUGCAAAGAGUUUAAGACGCAUCGAGUGUUCUGCGCCUUUAUGCUUUGUUUAAUCGUUCUCUUACUAUCAUUGUUUGUGUCAAAAGAUCAUUAUCGCCAUAACCACAGCAGUCGACUUGCCAGUGUGCCCAGUGCAUUGAUGACACCAGAAAAGUUCCUACCAGACUUGAACCAGUUGUCAGAUCAAUUUUGGUCCACUGUCAACCCACAGAAAGACAUCACCUGGCUCCAGAUCCAGCCUCCUGAACUGUUCAUUGUCGACAACGAUAUCCAUCGUGUCCAGCAGCAUCUUGAUUUCCUGCAACAACUAUACCAGGUCAAAUCAAAGGCCAUCCACUAUAAAACCGAGUAUCGUCCAUCUCGUUUCCGCAGAUUCGUCUUGUCUCUUUUGCAAAGCCUGUUGGUGUUUGUCCUCAGCAUCAACAUCCCCAUCUUGAUCCUCUGCCUGGUCAUGAUUGGUAUUAUCACUUGGAUGACGCCCAAAUGGCGCAAACAAUGGCUGGUCCCUCUUCUGAUCCACUGCUUCAACCAGUUCUUUUUGUACCUAAUUCGCUGCUAUCCCACGCAGUAUCUGAAGCGCAUGUACUUUACCUGGGUCAAGGGCCCAACAUCUGAAGGCGGCAUCAAGGAGUAUGAUGCAGACGGUAUUCAUCACCGUGGCGCUAUCACUGUACAGAACAUCUUUAAUCAACAGCAGUACCGUGCCAAUGUCAAAACUGUGCAAGUGCGUACUUUGAUAAACCAACAUAUUGCUGAUAUACAAAACUUGGAUUCGAACGCAAAGCAAAGCCUGGUCUCUUGUGGCCAAGAUGGUCGUAUUGUGCUAUGGAAUGUCGAUAGUAAGAAGGCUACUUGGAUGGCUCGACUUGACAAGUUGUAUCCUUCGCGCGGUGGCAUGCUUCAGUCUCUUUUGAACCCCAUCUUUUAUCCGUCCAACAGCAGCAAGAAGAAGGGGCUUGGUAGGAAAUCACUCCGCCAACAACAUCAGCAACAGCAAGAAUCCCAACAACAACAACAGCUACAACGCCCCAUCUCCUUGUCCAAGAAUUACCUUUCCAAAGCUCGUCUCGUCAAGAUUGAUCAAGGCAACAAAUGGGUUGCUGCUGCCUGUGAUGAUGGGCUGAUUCGCGUUUGGAACGUGAGCAAUGGAACCCUUGUUCGCGAGAUGGACGUGCACCCUCAAAUGCCCUCUGUGGAAGUGCACGAAGAGCAAUCCCACAACAGCACCAUGCGCAACAGACUCAACGGCAAUUUGAGUGAAUCAAAUUCUCCUACCUUGAGCUAUAGCAGCUUUGUAUUCUCCACUGCCUCGUCCAAUGCGACUUUGCCUAGCGGUCAUGGUGCUCGCAAGAAACCCGUGGAUCGUAUCUUGUGCAUCGCCUUUAUAGGUGUCAUUACUGAGUUCUGCCAUCCCCUGGUUGCCGAAGCUGCUGCUCGCUGUCGCUCUUCUACUUCUCCUGACGUGGAAGCGUCUCAAAACUACCUUGUCUCUGCUCAUAAAAGCGGUAAUCUCCAUGAAUGGAACAUUUUGUCUGGUGAAUGCGUCCAAACAAUCAAGACGGGCCACACAAAGGAUAUUAUUCAAGUGCAUGUCGUGGACUCCAAAGCUCCUCAUCGCAAGCUUGGUGUUACUUGGGUCUUUACUGCCUCCAAGGACGGCACUGUCAAGUGUUGGGAUCGUCGAUUCAUUGCGUUCUCUUCCAUGACACAAGACCAAGCAGACGGCAUGGAUCACCAUCAACCAGCGAAAUGGACGCUUGUCUAUACGAUCAAGUUGAAUAGCCCUGUUACAUGUAUCGCUACUGAACAGCCUGUCGGUGGCAUGGGUGUUCUGGUCACGGGUUGCAGUGAUGGUUCUGUCAAGGUAUGGAACUUUGAAACAGGUGAAUCUGUGUGUGCAUUGUCUUUGGGCAAGAUGACAUCCGCAUCAUUUCAAAGCAUGUCUUCGGCUGCCUCUGUUGCGUCUGAUUUUAGUGUAGGCAAUGCAGGUGGCCCUAUCCGCAAAUUCUCCAAAUUUUCAACACACAUGAGCAGCCACGAUGUAAGCGAUAGCUCUGAUGAUGAUGAUUCCUCUGAUUCGUCGCUCUCGUCUCUCUCUCGUCAUACUGCGUCUGAUCAUCGUGGCGCCAUCUAUCAAGUGGUGGUGACACGCUACUGUGAAGUAGAGAACGGGCCAGGCCUUUGUCGUGGCUGUGAUACCUGCUUUGGUAACGGUUUCUUGAUUGCUUCCAGUGCCAUGGAUAACAAGGUGCAUGCUUGGCGCUUGGAACGUUCUGACAAUGGCCAUGAAGGCUCUUGUACAUUGUGCACAAAAGACUAUCAUCGCAAGCAGUACAAGCAUCGCAAGUCUUCUAUCAGUAACAGCGAUGACGGCGCCAGUGAUAUUCUACUGCAUAAGUCUGCUACUACUAAUAGAAGACGUCGCUCCUCGCAACAAGGCGGCCAUAGUCCAACUGUCAAGAAGAGACAUGUUACUGCCCGUGCACCUAUCGCUGCUGUAGUUAGCAACAACAGCAAUGCCUUCAAGGACGACUUAUUGGAGCUAUUGGACAUUGAGCAAUUAGCUGGAGAUGCCUAUAUUCCUUUGAAGCCUACCUUCCUUGGUAAAAUUGAUCAACCCGCUGGUCGUGAUAUCGUCUUUUGUGAUAAGAUCUUGGCAGGUGUUCGUCGUCAUCGUAUCAGUUCAUUGCACAACAAUGACAGGUCGCAAAAGAAACACGGUAAUGGUGAAUGGGAGGCCUGGUUUGCUUCUUUACAGUACUAUGAUCCCUCUGUGUCUAAAGAGGAUGGCAAUGUCAGCACUAUGAAGAUUCCUAUUGAAACAUUCAAUCUGGACGAUGAUCAACAAAACACAGCAUUAGCUCCGCUGGCCGACAAGGAUGAAGACUCACAAAAGGCCACACAAGUCUUGAGAGGCACAUUGCUUGGCUUGUUUACUUCAUCACCAUCAUCUGCUGGUUCAAAUCAUGGUGUUGCUACUGCUUCCGCUGCCCAUGUCAAGGACCAACUGAGAUACAAGGGCAUUCAUGCUCACAUCAACGAGCAGGAUGACGAUGCUAAAAAUUUUGAUGAUGAGAAUGACGACUUGGAGGAAGAAAAUCUGGAAGCAAGCGAAAACUUACCUUUCUCUGCGGUGCGACAUGUCAUUCCUUUGGAUGGUGCUGGCUUAGCCUGUGAUUUUGGCAACUUUAUCAAGCUGGUGUAUCUCGACAAACCUACACUAACCGAGAAGGAGCGUGCAAAACAGACAAGAGACACUAUGGAGGACCACAAGCGUCGACAAACCAUUGUGGAUCAGGUGGUGGUUGAAGAAGACGAAAUCGAAGAUGCAUCCAAUUGCCAGUGUAGCUCCAAUGACGGCGGUGCAUCGUGUUCUCCUGCAAACAAGGGCAAGGAUGGCUGUUGUGGUGGUGUGAACAAGGAAAAGAAUGGCGGUAAAUGCUGUGGUGGCGCCGGUGCAAGUGUCAAGAAGAAACAGCAAGAAAAAAGGCAGCAAAAGUUAUUGCUCAAGAAGCAGACAUUGUCUUUUGAUAGCAACAACACAUGUGGUGGUAUUCGUAGUAUUGCUGAAUGCUCCUUGAAGAACAACUGCUCUCGUGCUGCUGAUUGUGCAUCAUCAAACCAAGCAUUGGCUGCAAAUGCAUCAACCUCAUCUUUUAGUAAUUGGCUGUAA